UUUUUACAUGUUCGGACCAUCCCCUGUUCUUCUCUCUCAGCAGGCGAGGUGAUGCACCGCCAGAUUCCACACAGCUCCAAGCCAAACCAGCCAGAGUUGAAGGUCAGUCUCCGCUACCCACUUGUCUGCAGCUUCUUGUAUGCAUCUCCAUUUCUUCUUCUUCUUGCUCUCUCCACGCCUCGAGCACGUACAUAAAUUCCAUUGCCCACUUGUCAUUCUCGUAGAAAAGAAGCUCCCCUGCACCCUCCUAAUCCCAACUAGUGUAUUUGUACUGUGAGUACGCCGCACGCUGGUGAUUAGCUAACUUUACCCAUCUUCAGCUUUGGUGAAGAGGCACAGAGAGAGAGAGAGAGAGGGAGAAGUAGAGAGAGAAAGAGAGGGACUUGCAGAAGCUGAACGCAGACUUGUGGGACAGAGCCCAUUCCCAAGCUCUGGGCUCGUCUGCUGUAAUGGUCACUGGGUAUGCCUCCGUUCUUCACGUUACCGCCGUUUGGGUCCCUGUACUCAGCUUGGAAUUGGGGUGUGCCAAUAAUAAUAUGAUGUGAAAUGGCACUACAACAAGCAAGUAUUCUUCAAGUUCCGUUUUGGACUCUGACAGGCAGCAGAACAAUUUCUACUUUACUUUCUAGCUUCAAGACUCCAUUGAAGAAUACAGAGAGAUGGUUUAGUCUCUCUUCAAAUAUUCUGCAGGCACAUCGGCGGGGUACGUAUAUGAAAAGCAUUGUCGUUGGAGCUUCUAAAACGUCUCAUAGUCCCAAAUUUCUUGGUGGAAAGAAAGAGCAAGAUGAUGAUAGUAGUGAUUCUGAGUACGAGGAGCAAGAUGAUGAGGUGAAGGAUAAUGACCCUCACCUCAUGGAUUCUGAAGAGAGGCAAGAGUGGAGAAGGAAAAUUAGAGAAGUGAUCAAUAAAUAUCCUGAUGUUGAGGAGGAGAUAGACCUUGACGAGAGGAGGAGGAAGAUGCAGAAGCUCCUGGCUGAUUAUCCCCUCGUUGUGGAGGAGGAUGAUCCUGAUUGGCCUGAUGAUGCUGAUGGUCGGGGUUUCAAUUUGGACCAAUUCUUCAAUAAAAUCACCAUAAAGAACGUUAGGAAGGAAGAUGAUGAAAAUUAUGACAGUGAAAAUGAAAUUGUGUGGCAAGAUGAUAAUUAUAUCCGCCCCAUCAAAGAUAUCACUACUGCUGAAUGGGAGGAAGCCGUUUUCAAGGAUAUUAGUCCUUUGAUUGUUCUUGUACAUAACCGCUACAAGAGGCCAAAAGAGAAUGAAAAGAUCAGGGAUGAAUUGGAGAAAGCCGUGCACAUAAUUUGGAACUGCAGACUACCUUCACCAAGAUGUGUUGCAGUUGAUGCUAUUAAGGAGCCUGAGUUGGUAUCUGCUCUGCAAGUUUCCAUCUUUCCAGAGAUUAUCUUCACUAAAGCUGGCAAGAUUUUAUAUCGUGAAAAGGCUAUUCGAACUGCAGAUGAGUUUUCAAAGAUAAUGGCGUUCUUCUACUAUGGAGCAGCCAAGCCACCCUGUUUGAAUAGCAGUGAAGAUAGCCAGGAAACAAUUCCAUCUGUUUGAAUAUAUUGUAUAGUAUAUCCAUAGUUGAGCUUAGCAGUUCUUAAUACUCCUAGCUUUUCUUGCAGUGCUCGUCAUUGCAGAAGGCUGACAAUUUUGAUGUAGCACACUCGACUGUUACUGUUGGUUUACUUAUGAACAGUUUCGAUGGAAAGCAAGUAUUACAUAA